GUUAAACUUUCCAUGACAUCAUCCAACCACGACGUGGCGAAGUGAGCUGCAUUGGAAAUUCGACAUCGAAGGUCAUUCGAGAAGUCCCCCGUGCUGUAACAAGUGUUUCAUUCAAUUUGUUUCAUCAAGUUAAAUAUGAAGAGUUCUAUUACACCAGAGCAGAUUACAGAGUGGUUUAUAUUUGGGUCCCAGUUCACCAAUAUCAGAAUUACAGAUGAAGUCACAGAAAAGCCGGAGACGACAUCACCAGUACAGAAUUGUCCGUCACAACUGGGCAGCCCCAGUAAAGAUCCUCCAGAUGGUGGACUGAGGAGACCAACCACAGAGCUUCUGGGAAGUGGUGCACCUCGUCUAGUGAGCUACGAGUAUCCCAGGCUGCCAAUAACGAAAAACAGACAGGAGCUCGUCUCUCUGGUAGAAAACAACUCCGUGGUGAUCAUCCGUGGAGCCACGGGCAGUGGCAAGACCACCCAGCUGCCCCAAUUCAUCCUGGACCACUACAGUGAGAAGAACGCCCCGUGCAACAUCGUGGUCACACAGCCACGCAAGAUCGGAGCAACCAGCAUCGCCCGAUGGGUGGCCACCGAGCGCAGGUGCACCCUGGGCAGUCUGGUGGGCUAUCAGGUGGGCUUGGAGAAGAUGGCCACAGAGCACACCCGGCUCAUCUACGUCACCACCGGCGUGCUGCUGCAGAAGCUGGUGGCCGCCAAGACCCUCAACGAGUUCUCGCACAUCUUCGUGGAUGAGGUUCACGAGCGGACGGACGAGAUGGACUUCCUGCUGCUGGUCAUCCGAAAGCUCCUCCACUCCAACUCUCGCUACGUCAAGGUUGUCCUCAUGUCCGCCACCAUCAACUGCAGGGAGUUUGCGGAGUACUUUGGCUCGCCGGUGCGGGGCCAGAUGAACCCUGCGUACGUGUUUGAGGUGGACGGCGCUCCGUACGCCAUCGAGCAGAGCUACCUGGACGACCUGCGCGCGCUGUGUCCAGGCAGGGUGGUGCCUAUGAGCAGCCACGAGCCCAACAUAUCCCAGGAGAUGUACAACAUCGCCAUCAGUCUGAUCCAGAGCUUUGAUGAGAUGGAGACCAAAGACCAAUGCAAGAAGACGGAGCAGGACGUGAGCCUGAAGCUGCCCGAGCGCGGCAGCGUGCUGGUGUUCCUGCCGGGACUGAAGGAGAUCGGCAACAUGCAGGAGGGCCUGGCCACGCUGGUCCGCAGAAGGCUGCAGGUGUAUCCGCUGCACUCCACGGUGACGAUGGAGGAGCAGAACGGAGUGUUCCUGGUGCCUGUUCCCGGCUACAGGAAGAUCAUCCUCUCCACCAACAUCGCUGAGAGCUCUGUAACAGUUCCUGACGUCAAAUACGUGAUUGACUUCUGCCUGGCUCGUCACCUGGUCUGUGACAACGAAACAAACUACCAGUCCCUACGGCUCACCUGGGCCUCAAAGACCAACUGCAACCAGCGUAAAGGCCGGGCGGGCCGCGUCUCCAAGGGCUACUGCUACCGGAUGAUCACCAAGGACUUCUGGGAGAAUGAUAUCCCAGAGUACAUGGUCCCUGAGAUGCUGGUGGCUCCUCUGACCAGCAUCAUGCUGAAGGUGAAGCUGCUGGACAUGGGGAACCCCCGCGUGCUGCUCUCCACCGCCCUGUCCCCCCCCAACCUCCAGGACAUCGUCAGGACCGUGCUCCAGCUCAAAGAGAUGGGGGCGCUAUCGGCCAAAAACGACCGUCAAAACCACAACGACGACGGGGAGCUGACGUUCCUGGGGCGCGUGUUGGCCCACCUGCCCGUGGACCUGCGCCUGGGCAAGAUGAUUGCCCUGGGCCACGUCUUCGGCUGCCUGCAGGAGAGCCUCAUCAUAGUGGCCUGCCUCUCUCUAAAGAGCUUCUUCGCUAUGCCCUACAAUCAGAUGAUGGCCGGCUUCAGGACAAAGCUGGGCUUCGCCAACGGCGUCCCCAGCGAUGCCAUAGCGUUCCUCAAUGCCUUUAAGGCUUGGCACACUGCUAAGAAGACGGGACAACUGAGACACCCAAAGGACGAGCUGGACUGGGGAAAGGAGAACUUCAUCCAGAUCAGGAGGAUCAGAGAGGUCACAGAGCUGUACGAGGACCUGAGGAAGCGUGUCGCCCACUUCAACAUGAUUGUGCCCGAGAGCCCUCCACCCACAGACUACACCAGCACCAACCGCCAGAAUUUCAUCAUCCAGAUGGUCAUCGCGGGGGCGUACUACCCCCACUACUUUGUGCAAGGUGAGAUGGACGAGGCGAUGGCCGCCAAAGAUCUGUGUGGCCACGACCCCAGGACCACAGUCGUGGUGAGGAACCUGCCUCCCUACUGCUUCCUGUACUACAAGCAGCUGCAGUCUCUGUUCCGCCAGUGUGGGCAGGUCAAAGCCAUCUUCUUCGACAGCUCCAGAGCCUACGUAGAGUUCACCAAGACGGCCGGGGCCACUGGCGUGCUGACGGAGGUGACCCUCGCUCUGCUGCUGGCCAAUCAGAAGCAGCUGCUGGACCUGUUCACGUAUCCCAAUGAUGAGGUGCAGGCCUGCUCGGCCGGCAGGGCCAUCUCCCACAUGAAGUACACCCGGGUGCACGUGGACUUCCAGAACAACACGCUUCGCCCUGUGGGGCUGCUGAGCAGCACGGUGGAGCUGGAGAAGCUGCCCCCCACACAAAAGUUUGCGAUCAGCAUCACAGAGGUGUUGGAGGUGGGCCGGUUCUGGGGCUACCGGGCCGACGAGGCCAGCAAGCAGAAGCAGGAGAGCCUGACCAGGGACAUCAACGGGCGGCCGCUGCAGCCCGUGGCGGUGUCCCCGCACCCCAACCUGCUGUGCCUCGCCCCCUUCGUGGAGCGGAGCGGCAGCCAGUACCACCGCGCCAACGUCCGGAACGCGCUGGGCACCACGGUGGAGGUGUUCUUUGUGGACUUUGGCAACACGGCGUCGGUCCCCUGUAGCAGCCUGCGAGAGCUGCCCCCCGACCUGGCCUCUCAGCCCUUCCAGGCCCAUGAGUUCUACGUGGUGGGCAUGCGGCCCUCCGCCCAGUCCCUGAUCCUGGGGGACCAGUGGAGCCAGCGGGCCCGUGACCGCUACAUCAAACUGACCCGGGGCCACGAGGCACUGGUGGAGCUCUACUCCACCCAGCAGGGGGUCCUGCACGUGGAGCUGUUCAUCCCCGCCAAGGGCCAGGAGGCCCUCAACGUGGCCCGCGUCAUGGUGGAGGAGGGCCACGCCCUCCCCGCCCUGGAGGGCUACAACUCCCAGCAAAACCACGAGCAGGUGAUGUCCAUGUACAAAGACAUGGCGGACAAGACGUACGUCCCCAACUCCGCCGGGGGCUCGUGGCAGGACCGCCUGAAGGAGCAGACGGAUCUCAUCUCCGAUCUGCUGGCCCGCUUCAAGGACAACAAGUCCUACCUCAAGACCAAGGUCCGGGUGAACGGACCCAACAGCCCCCACAGGGUCUCCUUCCACAGCUUCAGCCACUCCACCUACUACAAGUCGGUGUCCAUCCAGAAGUGCAGCCUGAACUCUGGGGUGGUGAAUGAGAUGCCGCAGUACAAGCACCAGAGGAUGCUGGUGGCCGGGUCGGUGGCGGUCAGCGCUGAGAGUGCACACAUCCUCCUGCGGGACACCACCCUAAUGCCGGACAUCCCGGGGCUGCCCGCUCUCAUCACCAUGCUCUUCACCCCCGUGAUGGAGCUACGCACCAACGCAGAGAGGACCCGCUACACCGGCGCCCUCUGUGGCCUGGGGUGGAACAGCAACACCCUGGCCCCCGUGCUGCCGGAGCGAGACAUGGAGCUGGCCUUCGACUGCUUCUUUGACGUGGAGGACAUAACCGAGACCAACGCACUGCGGGACUCCAUCAACCGCCUGCUGUCGGAGGGGUCCCGGGGCCUCAUGCACAUGGGACAGGACCACAUCGCCCGUCUGCAGGAGGACUGCCAGGACCGCCUCGUCAGGCUGUGUGCCAGGACGCCGGCCCGGGAGGAGGCCCCGCCCCACUACUACGAGCGGCUGGGCCAGUGGAACCAGGUGGACCCCGCGCUGAAGAUGGCCAUCGUUCAGCCAGAGGGCGGAGAAGUCAAGAGCGUCCCGUUCCUCCUGCACCCCGUCAUCCUGCUGGACACCUGACGCGUCGGGCUGCUUCUGUUCCGCUGAGGCAGAACGCUGCCUUUAGUUUUGUUGCCAAAGUUCAUUUAAUUUUAGUUUCAUUUAAUUUGUUUAAACUGAUUUGUGAUAAGUCAAUAAUGUUGAUCUGUUGGCACUGAUGCCUUUAUUUACUUGUGUUUUUGAAAGUGUUUGUCAUCCUGACCUCCCGCCCGGUUUUAGGGCUAUUAAAAACACUUGUUCUUAAACAGA